AUGGGAAUAUGGGCUCAAUGGGAAACCAUCUCCGCUAUAGAAGAGGACCAGGAGCUAGAGAGGAAGGCAAUAGAGGAACUGCUUAAGGAGGUGAAACGUGGGAAAACUAGAGCAGAAACCAUGGGACCUAUGGGCUGGGUGAAGUGUCCUCUUGCUGAGAUGAAUAAAAGAUUUCUGAUUAACACAAUUAAGAACACAUUGCCCUCCCGUAAGGAUCAAGACCAAGAACAAAAAGAGGGCAGUAAGGAGCCUGCGAAAAGUCAGGACCAGAAAGAAGAAAGCCUUACGAAGCACAGAAGCCAUCCUUACAAGCACAGCAGCUGCUCUCGCGGCUCCUCUCCACCCAGGAAGCGGAGCACCCAGGACAAGUACGAACAGCGUCCCAGCCGGCAGCGGUGA